CAAUAAUGAUGAAAAUGUAAAAAUCUAUAAUUAUGUAGGGAUCAUAUAAUCUUGCUUAGGUUUAGACAACUUUUGUAUACACAGUGUAUACAAAUCGAAAUUAUAUUAACAUUUUGUGGUAGUUUGGGGGGCAGGUGAAAUAUUCCUGGCAGUUUGGAGACAUCAAUGAUAUUUCUAGAAUCUAGAAGUAACGGGCUCUCAAAACUUCCCUCCUUUAUUUUGAAAUUUACAAUCCAACCAAUAGCUGAGCCUGAAACGUUUUCCGCCCAUCAAAAUGUGAGCCAAUCAGAGCUCACUUCGAGCUGCCGUUCCCUUUAUAAACCCUACGUCCCCACGGCAGCUCGUGUAUUUCUUCAGCUUGAUAGGAGAAGAAGUAAAGAAGCCAUGGCCAGAACCAAGCAGACCGCCCGUAAAUCCACCGGAGGAAAGGCUCCCAGGAAGCAGCUGGCUACCAAAGCUGCCCGUAAGAGCGCCCCGGCUACCGGUGGAGUGAAGAAGCCCCACCGUUACAGGCCCGGUACCGUGGCUCUCCGAGAGAUCCGCCGUUACCAGAAGUCCACUGAGCUGCUCAUCCGCAAGCUGCCCUUCCAGCGUCUGGUCAGAGAGAUCGCUCAGGAUUUCAAGACCGACCUGCGCUUCCAGAGUUCCGCCGUCAUGGCUCUGCAGGAGGCCAGCGAGGCUUACCUGGUUGGUCUGUUCGAGGACACCAACCUGUGCGCCAUCCACGCCAAGAGAGUCACCAUCAUGCCCAAAGACAUCCAGCUGGCUCGCCGUAUCCGUGGAGAGAGAACCGGAGGCAAAGCCAGAGCAAAGGCCAAGACCCGCUCCUCUCGUGCUGGGCUGCAGUUCCCAGUCGGCCGUGUUCACAGGCUGUUGAGGAAGGGCAACUACGCUGAGCGCGUGGGCGCUGGAGCUCCCGUCUAUCUGGCUGCAGUGCUGGAAUACCUGACUGCUGAGAUCCUGGAGUUGGCUGGAAACGCUGCUCGUGACAACAAGAAGACCAGGAUCAUCCCCCGCCAUCUGCAGCUGGCUGUCCGCAACGACGAGGAGCUCAACAAACUGCUUGGCGGAGUUACCAUCGCUCAGGGCGGUGUUCUUCCUAACAUCCAGGCUGUGUUGCUGCCCAAGAAAACCGAGAAAGCUACCAAGACCAAAAUUGAAACGGAAAUGGCUCCUAUCCUUGGAUUCAUCAUGAGUGGACGUGGAAAGGGAGGAAAAGGACUCGGAAAAGGAGGCGCUAAGCGUCAUCGCAAAGUCCUCCGUGAUAACAUCCAGGGCAUUACCAAACCCGCUAUCCGCCGUUUGGCCCGCCGUGGUGGAGUCAAGCGCAUCUCCGGUCUCAUCUACGAGGAGACCCGCGGUGUCCUGAAGGUUUUCUUGGAGAACGUCAUCCGUGAUGCCGUCACCUACACCGAGCACGCCAAGAGGAAGACAGUGACCGCCAUGGAUGUGGUCUAUGCUCUCAAGAGGCAGGGCCGCACUCUCUACGGCUUCGGAGGUUAAAUUCCUACUCGAUCCCACAAAACAACGGCUC